GAGGGAGCUGUCAAUCAUAGCUCCGUCCCUGCCUCUUCUCCGGCAGCUCAAUGAAUUGGCGGCUCGGGCAGCUGUGAGCUCGGGGUAGUGAGUGCGGCUGCCUGUGAGCUGCUCUGUAUAGUAUCUGUGACCUGUAUAAUAGCAGCACGGGGAGCUGGGAGCGCUCAUACACACAUCACCGCUUCUUCCUACAUGGCUUGUUGAUUCACUAAGGCUUUGUUAGAACCUGUAACGAGGGGAAUUGCAGGUGCCAGUUUUUCUGUCGGCAGAGAAGUGAUUUCCUCACUUUCCACAUUUCCUGUUUUGAACUGAAAAUGCGUAUGUUGCAGCCUUUAUAACAGGAAGCAAGACGUGUAAAGGAAGUUGCUUCAUCCAGGCCAACAAAGUGCAAGAGCCUACAUUUCAUAUUGAGAAACAGCUAUAAUGGAAAUCCAGUACAUAUGCGGAAGCCAUUAGCACUGUAAUUGCUGUCUGUCACUAUGACAACCAGCCGCUGCAGUCACCUGCCUGAGGUCUUGCCAGACUGCACAAGCACGGCCCCUUCUGGAAAGACAGUGGAAGACUGUAGCAGUCUUGUGAAUGGGCAGCCACAGUAUGUCAUGCAAGUUUCAGCAAAAGAUGGUCAGCUGCUGUCAACUGUAGUCCGGACCCUCACAACCCAGAGCAGCUUCAAUGACCGUCCAAUGUGCAGGAUUUGCCAUGAAGGAAGUACCCAAGAGGACCUCCUUUCUCCAUGUGAAUGCACUGGAACGCUAGGAACCAUACACCGAAGCUGCCUGGAGCACUGGCUUUCCUCCUCUAACACCAGCUACUGUGAACUCUGUCACUUCAGGUUUUCUGUGGAGCGCAAACCUCGGCCCUUAGUAGAGUGGCUACAGAACCCCGGCCCCCAGCAUGAGAAAAGGACUCUGUUUGGAGACAUGGUGUGUUUCCUCUUCAUAACUCCACUCGCUACAAUCUCUGGCUGGUUGUGUCUUCGGGGAGCAGUGGAUCAUCUGCACUUCAGCAGCCGACUAGAAGCAGUUGGACUCAUUGCAUUAACAGUUGCACUCUUUACUAUUUACCUCUUCUGGACACUCGUGUCUUUUCGAUACCACUGUCGAUUAUACAAUGAAUGGCGUCGGACCAAUCAAAGGGUUCUUCUGGUGAUCCCUAAAUCAGCCAAUUUACCUUCAGCUCAGCAGUCUCUGUUGGGCCUGCACUCGUUUAAAAGGAACUCGAAAGAAACCAUCGUGUGAUGUUACACAACUGGGGUGCACCCCCCCCCCUCGGACUUCACUCGCAGACUGUUAACCCUAUCCUCUCCAUAUCCCGGGAAAUACAACGUUGAAAUGAAACGAUUGCUCCGGCUCUGUAUUUUGCUAACAUGCCAAACAUUCUCAUUUAACCAAUGGCGUCUGGCAUCCACUUCUAUAGUAAUACUGCCAACAAGUAGCCUUCGACCUUCUCAUAUAAUAACGCUCUUUUCUUUUUUCUAUAACCUGUUUUCUAGAUUUGAUUUUGGUGGGUGGGAGGGAGGGACACUGCAGACCCUGUUGAACUGAAUCUAGCACAAUCCUUCCCAUUCACUACAUCACGGAACUAUACAGACAUGGGAUUUAUUUAUAUGGAACAUUUUCUAUCAAGCUCUUUAUUGUUUCUGAUACGAUGUUAAUGCAGCCGCAUCUGACUCUUUAUUUUUGAAUGGACAGCUUUAACCCUUGUACAUUAUGCAGCCAAUAGACUUUGUAUCCUGCCCCCCCAUUGGCUGCUGAAUCGCCGCAGAUCAGUGAGUUGGACUCGUCUUCAUCAGCAGAGACUGCGAACAGAAAUUCACAAAUCUCAUUACUGGCCUCUUUUUAACAACUGGUUUGCACAUAAAGGGGACAGAAUGGAUUAUAAAGAGAAAGGUGUACAUUAUUUAAAUAAUAAAUAUUCCAUAAAUGCUUUCUACUAA